ACACAGCUGACGCCGGAAACAUGUUAGUUUGUUAGUUUGAUAUAGCGUUUCUAUAAUGUGGGAAAACGAAAUCCCUACCUAGCUAUUUUUAGGAGUUCAGACGCAUAUUUUCCAACACCCAGUAAGGGCCCCAAAGAGCUUACAUUGUAGGAAAACAACUGCGUGAGAAAUGGCUCCGAAAAAGUCUAAGGGCACUGGAAGUAGAGCAAGUAGUAAGGCCAGUGUGAAAUCAAAAGAAAAACGGAAUGACCCCUCACCUGUUGGAAGUGUUGGUGAGUCCGGUGUGCCGAAUGACAUCUUCCCCAUGGUGAUCACGGCUGCGACACAGGAGCUUUUUGAAUGCCGUGUCGACGAGGACGUCACAAAGGAAAACCCUUUCAAAUUCCUGAAGAAGGACGAUAUCCUGCAGGACAUGAAGAAGAGGGCUGCUGUGUCCGAUUUCCACCCCGUCAAGCAGGUGGCGGUGAACUAUCCAGCAGAUGAGCUCUUACUGGUCUUUGACAGAGAUUUCACCUAUGGACAGAGCUUCUAUCUGGUUUUAACAGAAGAAGCCAAGGAAAGAGUCCUUAAUCCUCCAGAGUCGGUGGAUGAGCAGGCCCUGGAGGAUGAGCUGGAGUCCUUCAUAUGCAAGACACCGGAGCCAAAGUCCUGGGAAUCCCUGGGCAGCCACCUGGAGAUCGAGGAGGAGUCUGUAGUGGACACCAGACCAAGGUUGAAGUACAUGAUCUCACGAGUGCGAAGGAAGUUCGGAGCUCCUAUCGUGUUCUCAGAUCGCAAUGCCUCGGACACACCAGGCGGGCACAUGGAAUGCAUGCCCUACCAAGACAAAAACUUCAGCAUUCAGAUGCUGGAGAGAAGCACUGGGAUACAGGCUGUCCCUGACCUAAAGAGCUCCAGCACUCAGACUGCAUGGAGAUAUCCAAGGAAUAUGUAUACCCAAUACGAACCCAGAGAGUUCACAGAAGAAGAAAAGGAGAAUUGCAUGAACUCCGAAAACCUAAAGAACUUUGUCGAUUUGGUAGCAUCAAGAUUUGAUAUCGCACUCCAGCAGAAUGAAAUCAUGGAUGUGUUCUUCGAUGACUGGCGGGCGCUCUUUCAAGAGGAUGUCAUCUUCGGGGGGAAAACGGACACGCACUUAAAGGAAUAUCAGUCCUUUACGGAUUUGAAGUACAGCAAGGAGAAGACCAUCAGCUAUGUGAACUGGCACCCCACCAUCAGCGGGGUGAUCGCAGUAGCACUAGCAGAGAGGCUGUCCUUUGAAGAGAGGAUCAAUGACUCAACUAAGCUGCUUCUAAACCCUUCUCUCAUUCUCUUCUGGAACUUCUCUGAUCCCCUUAACCCCCAGUUGAUGCUGGAGUGCCCAGACGAUGUCUUCUCCUUUGAGUUCUGCCCUUCCGAUCCCAAUAUAAUCGUCGGCGGCUGCAUGAAUGGACAGGUUGUGCUAUGGGACAUAUCGGCCCACGCGGAUCGACUGCAAGGUACACGCGCUGGAGGGGGAAGCAUGUCUGCAAACACGAACACUUUACCAGGCUUUGAAGAUAAGCAUGCAGAUGAAAUUCCUGUUAUGCGCUACUGUGCUGUCUCGGGCAUAGAGAGCAGCCACAAAGCACCAAUUACUGAUGUGCAAUGGCUGCCACACUACUUUGAGGUCUCAAGAACAGGGAUACCUUUGGAAAACAAAAAUCUGAUGUGUGUACAGAUUCUUACCUGUGCCCCUGACUGCUGUGUGAUGUUCUGGGAUAUCCGAGCUCCAAGGGCUGCCACUCAGUCCGUCACUGACAAGAAGCACAAAGGAGAAGCGAUGCCACUGGAGAAUCCGCACGGCGUUCCCAACACAUUCAAACACCUGGACCUGUCCUGGAAACCUCUAAUCCGGGUGAAUCUUCCGAAAAUAAACUCCACCGGGGAAUACAGCCCUCUGAAAUUCAGUCUGAGAGACUCCAGUGAGAACCUGCAGGCCAGCAGUGUUGAUAGAUCUCAUCAGAAUGUGGGGAACUCUGAGGGAAAGGUUGAGUAUGAACGCCUGAGAGUUCCUUCAGCCAAACAACUCAAAGUACUGGAGGAUGUCAGCACCAAGUUAUAUAUUGGAAUGGAGGAUGGAGAGCUGAUAUAUACAGAUUGGAAAAUGGAAAAGGACAAUGACUCAGGAAGACUGUUCAGUGCCAAGCCUUCUCGCUGCUUCGUUGUACACGACGGCCCAGUGAACACUGUUCGGAGGUCACCUUUUUUCAAAGACAUUCUCCUGACUGUGGGAGGCUGGAGUUUAGCCAUCUGGAAGGAGGGUGUCAUGCAAGGACCCAUCAUGCUGGUGUCCUGUGCAGCGAAGAGAGGCACUGUGGGGUGCUGGUCUCUAUCCAGAGCUGGAGUGUUCUUCAUUGGGAAAGAGGACGGGAACAUCGAGGUGUGGGACCUGAUGGAGAAGACCCAUGAGCCGGUGCAGACCCAGAACGUCAGCACUACCCGCAUCACCUGCAUCGAGGCCUGGAUCGUAUCCUCUAAACAACACCUUUUGGCAGUUUCUGAUCAUUUUGGCACGGUCCAUAUUCUAGAGAUUCCAUGGGCACUCCGCAGUGCUGUAAGCAAAGAGAAGCUGAGUGUGGGCAGAUACUUUGAGGUGGAGGUGGAGAGGCUGAUCUACUUUGAGAAGCAGGCUGAGAUGAGAGCAAAAGAGAAGAUGGAGAUGGAUGCUGAGGAGCUAAGGAAGAAAAUGGAGUCGGUCGUGCCAGAGACGCUGGUGGAGCAGAUUGCGGAGAAAGCCCAGAAGGAGUAUCAAGAUUACCUGGCCCUGGAGAAGGUUAUUCUAAAGGACAUGGGUCUCCUCUCCGAGGAAGACAAGUCCGCUGAAAUCUAAUAUCUGUAAAUGCCUGAAAUCUCUUCCCUGGCCCUCCCCACACUUUCCAGUUGCAGUUUGAUAUUUUUACUUACAAAUACAUUAUUUCAGUGUAAUCUGUGUUCUACACAAAAUCCAACAGUGCGACAACUGAAUUAUAGACAAAAAGAUCUGAGCUGCUAUUCGUGUAAAAGGCUAAAUGUCUGUACUGCUUUAUGAAAUAUGCAUUCCAUUAUCAAUUAACUGCAAACAUGACAUUUUCUAAAAGGCAUGUGAAACCUCAAAAUUGUACUUUUGGUAAGACAAUAUAUGAUAUGAACUGGGAUAUAGACUUUAGAACUGGAAAGUGAUUUUCACUUUCAUAUCACUGAAGGGAAGGUCACUUUGAAAUCGAUGCAUGGCUCUUUCCUUUUUCCUCUUUCCUUCAGAUACUUUCCAGAGUAAUAUGAUCACAGUUUGAAUUUAUAACGGUCUGACCUUGGUCUAAGUGUGUGCAUGACAAGAGCAAAACAAAAUAUAGAUUACUGCAUCCAGGCUUAUUAUUUAUUAAUGUCAUUGAUCCAGACUGCAGUAGCUCUUAGCUAUAAGCUAGUACAAUGUUAAUUCACUAAGACAGAAGUACAAGGCCAAAUGUAAAAAAAAUGUGAUAGGUAAAAACUAAUGAAAGCAGAUUGUAAUAUUGGUGAGUAUUAAAUAUUUCUGGGAUACGAAUUUCAGUAAAUUAAUUCAAACAAGCUAUUGUCAAAGGGUUGAAAAGGGGGAAUUUGAUAAUUUUAACGAUAGUUCAAAUAAUUAAAAAUCCUCUGAGAUUGGUCCAUCAAUCUGUCAUACUGAUUUACAAAUAAAAAUGUAUUUGUGUGUUCUU